GUGCUGAAUGACAUCAUUGAUAUUGUCAAUGGUGUAAUAACAGGCGAGCGAGAGGGGGAUAGCUGAAUUUCUGAGUUUACACCAAAAUAUCUGUAAUUCGCAGUGCAGACUAGACCAGAUUAUACCGCUGGACGUUGACAUCUGGGUCAUGAAGGUGAGGAAUGGUUUGUAAAACUCCGCAGUCGUCUUUCUCUGUCCAUGGUGCUGUUAGAAUGAUAACGUCCUGAUCAGCACCUCGGUGGAAGGAAGGCAGCAGUCCCUGAAGAGCUUGAUCAAACGGGUGAGGAGGGGAGGAAUGGCACGGGUCCACUGCUAAAUCGGGGAAUUCUGAUUGGGGUUUGUACAGGGACCUAAACAGGCGAGUCAGAAUCAGAAGUGAAUUGUGAAGACAAGCAGGAACCAUGGAGCUGAGAGUGGGAAACAAGUACCGCCUCGGCAGGAAGAUAGGAAGUGGCUCUUUUGGAGACAUUUACCUGGGUGUUAACAUUGCCACGGGUGAGGAGGUGGCCAUUAAGCUGGAAUGUGUGAAGACCAAACACCCACAACUCCACAUCGAGAGCAAGUUCUACAAGAUGAUGCAGGGAGGAGUGGGCAUCCCGUCCAUAAAGUGGUGUGGAGCAGAGGGAGAUUACAACGUGAUGGUGAUGGAGCUGCUAGGCCCCAGUCUGGAGGACCUGUUCAACUUCUGCUCCCGCAAGUUCAGCCUCAAGACUGUCCUGCUGCUGGCUGACCAGAUGAUCAGCCGUAUUGAGUACAUCCACUCUAAGAACUUCAUCCACAGAGAUGUGAAGCCUGACAACUUCCUGAUGGGCCUGGGCAAGAAGGGCAACCUGGUGUACAUCAUCGACUUUGGCCUGGCCAAGAAGUACCGCGACGCCCGCACACAUCAGCACAUCCCCUACCGCGAGAACAAGAACCUGACUGGCACCGCGCGCUACGCAUCCAUCAACACACACCUGGGGAUAGAACAGUCUCGUCGUGAUGACCUGGAGUCUCUGGGUUAUGUCCUGAUGUACUUCAACCUGGGCUCUCUGCCCUGGCAGGGCCUCAAGGCCGCCACCAAGAGACAGAAGUACGAACGCAUCAGUGAGAAAAAGAUGUCUACCCCCAUCGAGGUGCUCUGCAAGGGAUACCCCUCUGAGUUCUCCACCUACCUGAACUUCUGUCGUUCUCUGCGGUUCGAUGACAAGCCAGACUACUCGUACCUCAGACAGCUGUUCAGAAACUUGUUCCACAGACAGGGCUUCUCCUACGACUACGUCUUUGACUGGAACAUGCUUAAGUUUGGGGCCAGCAGAACAGCCGAGGAUGGGGAGCGGGAGAGGAGAGAGGCAGAUGAGAGGAUCGGGGGAGGACCUAGGGCACCCCGUGCCCUACCCCCGGGCGGCAACCCCCCUGGGCGAGUAGACAGGAUCCGGAAUGGCCCCAAUGCAGCAUUUUCUAACCCUGCUUCCAGAGGAGUCCCACAGUCAGGGAACCGGUCCCCGCAGGCUGUGUCCCGUGCAGAGCGAGAGAGGAAGGUGGCCAUGAGGCUCCACCGCGGCGCCCCCGCUAACAUCUCCUCCUCUGAUCUCACCGCACAGAUGGGCCAAUCACGCAUCGCCACAUCACAGGUCAGUGUGCCAUUUGAACACCUGGGGAAGUGAGCUGCUCCUCAGGCCCUCUGGACACUGGCAGCCAUGGUAGCAAGGUAUCAAAUACCUACUUAAUCCUGUUGGAUGAAAAAACAUGAGUGGGUCAACGACAAUGAAGACGGAUUAAAGAAUGAAGACGGAUUAAAGAAUGAAGACAGGAGAAUAAAAGGAGAGGAAGUUGCAAUGGAUGUGAGACGGGAACGCUUGUCCAAUAUGACUGUAGUUAACUGGGAGAAAAUAUGAAAAGAGGAAGGAUUGAGAAGUGAAAGACACUCUCUUGGCCUAGCCUUGCUUCCCAGGCUUGUGAGACCUUUGCCUCGGCUGGUGAAUGAGUCCUGGUUCACUCAUUAUGCUGGCUAUGUGAUCCGUGGGACACGUCUGUCAGAAGCUCAAUGCCCAAAAAGAGAUGUCAGUACAAAAUGGGCAAAUUCUGAUUAUUCUAGCUGAGGUGGUGUUGUAUGGGCAAAUGUGUUGGUUAAAAACACACACAGUCGAAACCGUUUGUCUCACGUUGAAUGUCCAAUUGAUGACAGCUACAUUUCGAGCUAAGGUGUGUGUUUAUAAUAAUAAUAUCUGGGAAUAUUACAGAGGGUCAAGUAGUCGGCAAGAAGAUCUGUCAAGAGGAAUUUGGGGGAAAUGGAAGAUAUGCAGAGAGAGCAAGCCAAGGACCGACCGCAAGUCAGAGGAGGAAGGGGAUGGUAGGAGACUUAGAGAGAUGGACUGUCACCCAUUUUCUCUUAACGUCUUCACUGUUUAGGAAUAAUUCUGAGUAGAUUUUAACCAAGUGUUAAACAAGGACAUUUUGGUUCUACAACACUUCCUAUUAACAUUAUUGACACAUUUACAUUGAGGUUUCACUCCUCUUUGUGUAUGUGCUCACAGUAUUCUAUUUACAUUAGUCAACAGCAGAGAGCUAAUAAUAUCCCUUCAAAUGAUGGUGGACAAUGUAAUAAAGGACCUUAUCAUUAAGA